UCUGUUCGGGCGGGUAUGCACAGGCGCCCUGCUCGGAUUUCGAUCGAUGAUCUCAGAUACACUUCCAGCCUCUUGCCAGUCGCACUCCAGGGGCAGGCUGCUCGAUUCUCGGCUCAAAUGGACUGGAAAUCCGGCGACGGCGGUGGCCAGACCAUACCCAUACCCAUACAGAUAUUCCUUUGGCAGCAUACGAGCCCUUUUACUAGACCAAAGUUGGGAAAGCUCCACGAAGCAUCAUGCACGUUCUGCCAAUCUGCCCCUGGCCAUCACGAAUUGAAGGAAGCAUGUAAGGCUUUUGAAAAAGUUCUGGUGCAAAACCUUCAAUUUGGACUUUCGAGGAGUGUCACUGAAGCGAUUUCAUCCAUACCGAGAUGGAGGCUUGUCCAAGCUGCCUUUCCUCACAUCUUACACUGCACUGCUGCCCUACUUCACAAUCGAAAAGACACAAAUUUGCAAAAUCUGGGAGCAGCAGAAAGUAAAUUGCUUUACAUUCUGCAUUGGAUAAUAUUAGAUGCAGCUGAAGAGUGUGCAGAAGCUGAUUUUGAAAAUGGUUUCUAUCAGUCAUCACCUUUCUACUACCAGUUCCCGAUUUCUUCUAUUACACUUUUUGUUUAUCUACUUGCCCCUUUAUGCCACCAAAUAAAAGAAGGCGACUUGCAAACGUUUAGACUGGAGAAUGGCAUUAAGCUUUGGCACCCCCUGUGGGAAUACCGCCAUCCUGAUGCGAGCUGUUUUACGGCACUGUGCAAACCCAAUUCUUCGGUCCAGAGAGGAGGCAAGCAGAAGAAGCCCCAAGUCACAGAUGGAUUGACAUUUCUUGGACGAAAAACUCCUACUGGAGGUGAUGGCUUUCUUGGCACAGAAAGCCCACCCAGCCAAACAACGUCCAUUGGAUUUUUUGACCCGCCAACUAAAAAUGUCGAGGAAGAGGGUUGGGUCUCUUCACCUAAAGAUACUGUUUUUCCUGAGACGAUCCCUGAAGAAAGUUCAAGUACUGAAGAAGAACAUGUAGUUAUAUUUAGACUUCCAUCUCUUGCUGAGUCUGAUGGCCUAAAAGAGUCUUCUGUUUACACAGCACCUGAUGCUACCAUAUUCCAAAGCCAAAACAGAUUUGUGAAAAGUCCGUCAGACCAUCCCUCGUCAAAUGAUUUCCAACACUACCAUAAUAAGAGAAAUGGACGAAGACAGAGCUCAAUUGAUAAAGAUUCUAUGAUUUCAUCUCGCACAUGUGCCAUAGAAACAAGUUCAGCAGCAACAUUUCUAGAUGUGGCUGUACUAAGGUGUCUCUUUAUUUCUCAGUGGCCUGAAGAAGGUGUCUACUGGGCUCUUCAGUUUUUGUACCACAGAUUGAGAGAUGUCAAUGACACAAAGAGGGAAGAACCUGAACCGAGGAAACGGAGCAACUCGCUUCCUUCUCCCCAAAUUCCAACUUCGUUAUUCCAAGAUGAAGUGAAACAGGAAAAAGAUUUCAUAGAAGUCCCCGAACCUAAAGAUGUAUCAAUACUAACAGAGGCACCUUCUUCCUUCAGUCAAAAAGAGCAGGGCCAUUUGAGAAGAUCGAGUGAGAAAAAAAGAAAGUGCAUGAAAAUGGCUGAUCUAAAAGCAUUUGUAGAAACUAAACUGCUGUCAAAAUCUGAAAAACACCUGGAGAAGCUUGGUAGCGACGAGGAAAAAAAUUCCAAAUCUCUAUACACACAGGAAUAUCACCGAAGCUUAGACACUGGUGAUGACCAUUUGAUACGAGCAGAUCAACUAACAAGAAACUUUUUGGAGCCAGAAAAAGGGCAAACUAAUUUAGUCAAAGGGAAAAGUAUGCCUAGUUUAAGCUGUUUGCUAGAUGAUUCAUCCCACAAUGGAGGAGGGUACAUCGGGGAAAACAAGAGGGAAACAUUCACUGAAACUUCACCAAAUCCAAUAAUCACUGUGACAGAACACACUCCAGCACCUUCUCCCGAUUUUUCUAAAAAAAAGAUAAGAGUUGCGCAGGGAUCGGUCGACAGUCAGUACGAAUUUAAGUACAAAAAGGGGCUUACAAGAUCUUACACAGAUUCGAACAUCAAAUAUACUUUUGAUGACUGUCCAGAAGCUCCUGGCUCAUCUCAUUAUGUAACGUCUUAUGGUGACAUCGACCUUCUUGUGGUUUUAAAGGGUAUCCAGAGCGUAGUGAUGCGAGACAACGUGAUUUGCAGCCUCAGGGUUUGCGAAGGAAUUUUAAAUGUAAUCGAAGUUGUUGAAAGGAUGAUGGACGAUCCAGAAAAUGCAGCUCAUAAUUGUGUAUUAACUUGUUUGACAAGAGUUAUAAGACAUUUGGGAUGUCCUCAUGGUUGUGGAGAAUCUCAGCGGGGUCCACCAGCCGAUUUUUUACGUUCACAAGUUCACUCGCUUUUGUCCAAGUUGCAUAAAGCCAAUACCAAGAAUUUUAGGAAGUUUUUCAAGAACAUGGUCUCUUCCCAGUCGAUAAUGGACAUAGUUGAAUUCUUCCAUUCGUACACUGGUUUCUGUGUUGACCCAAGCUCACUUCUUUCACCUCUGAACCAAAAGCGAGGUGGCUGUAACAAGUCGCCAGACAUGAUGUCUCAGGGAACGUUUGGCCCUUUUUCAUCUGGAAAUGUUUCAACUUGUGUAGAAGGUCAUAUCAUGUCGUAUGUUUUUAAGAAAUUGAUAAGCAAACUUGUUCUUUCUAACAAGGAGAUCAAGUCCCAAGAAAAUAUGACGUUAUAUUGUGAUAUCCGACUGCUAAUGAGUUAUGUGAAAGAAGUCCAUGGAAAUGUAUUACGAAGAGUGACUAUGAGUGGUCUUAUCGAUACAGCUGUUCGUCCUCAUGGAAAGCAGCCAAAUGUACAAACAACAAAAGUCAUAAGACAUAUUCCUCAAAGUGAACAGGAUGAAACGAUAAACCAAACUUCUUUCUGCUCGGAAGAUAAAGACACACGUAAAUCCCUUUUUAAAAAGCGAAGUACAUCUUCCAUUUGCGCUUGUGUGCUUGAGGCGGAAGGUAGUGAAGAGGUGCAGAGUCCAAUGAGUAAUAUGAGGAAGAAGCAUCACCACGUUCUCACGCCAAGGCAUAGCCAAAGGGCUUUCAACAUGUUGCCAAAGAAUUCUCGAUUUCACAUUGGCGGUCUAGUGAGUUGGUUCAGACGUGAAUACAAAAGAGGCGAUUCCUUUGAUUCCCAAGGUAGCAUUGAUCCUGUGGGGGACAGUGCUCUUAUCCAUCACGCUGCACAAUUGCAUCACUCUUACAGCAAAACAUCUCAGAAAAGCACAACAAGUGUUGGGACUACUUUACAAAAAGCCAAAAGAAGGGUUGAAGACCAGUUCACCAAAUUUGGAUUUGGGAGAGGGAAAAAGAAGGAUGGAAGCAUCGAGGAAACACAGGGUAGUUAUUUGAGCAGGAGGAACUCUGAAGAAGUAGCUGAAGGGCGUUCCCGAGAUUGUGAGGUGGUUGUUUACAGAACAAGGCGUCUUAUUAGGAAGGAAGCACUUUUAAAUGGCAUGUUGAGACUGUCUUUACUUUUUGAAACGUGUCAGCCAGCAACACUUCCUCAUCCUCAUCUUCUAGCUGCCACUUUGGAUUUGCCCAAUGCUCCUGUCGUGUCAAGAGCGGCGUUUAUACUCGAGUGUGCACACUUUGUUCACUUGUGCAACAAAGGACAGUGGCCUUCUUGGUUAAAACAUAAUUUUCCGAUGUUCCGGCCGUCAGGUCCACCUGCACCGAGCCGCUCUAGUAACACCAAUACUAGGAGGUCACAUGUACUGCAAAGAGCAGCAGGAAGCAUGUUUUAUCAAUGGGCUGAGGUUCUUGGUCAAAGGCUUGAAGAAAUGCUAAUAGAUGAUAAAAAUCACAUUUCGACUGUAAUAAAUAUAUUAUCUGAUGAAAAUAAACAGAAAGAGUUAUUGAUUGAAGAUGAAGAGGAAGAUUUUCUUGAUGAAUCAAGCAGAAAUAUAUAUGGAUCAUCUUGUCCAAUGGCACUGAGAUUGGUAGGAUGUGUUUUGCUGUUAGAAAUAACAGCUUUUCUCCGUGAAACAUACCAGAAUUUGCCUAAGGUUUCACAAGUCAGCACUAGAGAAAAGCCGCAAGGUGGUUGGGGUGAAAAGGUCUAUUCGAAAGACGCAAACAGAAGAUGGAGUAUGGCUUUAUCAUCGAUGGGCCAGUCACAAGCAUCUGCUCAAAGCUUACAGAGCAUAGUCGGGGAAAAAGGAGAAGUAUUCGUCGGUGGGAACCAAUCAGAAAGAAAGAUCAGUUUUGUUCUACAGGAGCCAGACAAUGAGUCUGAGGCAAGUAGCAACACAACACUUACAAUACAGUUUCAAUACUCAGUGCAGGGUGAAGAUGGUAUGCCAGGCGAAGAAAAAAAAAUGAGAAGUAGACGGCCAUUGCUUUUAAGAAGAGGAACUGCAACAUCUGCAGUCACAAAUGGAUCAUUUAAAAGGCGCAGCUUAAAACUUAGGAGGACGAAGGAGUCUGUUCAAACUGAAAGGCAAAAGGAAAUAAUGCAAGAAGAUUUCAGAAGAGCAGAAUCCUUACAGAAUAAAAGAAAGGUGUCAUCACUUUCUGAUCGAAGUGAUACAUCUGAACAAGGAGUUGGAGAAGUUUCUGGAGAAGAGAGUCCAGGCAUACCAAGUGACGACCAACCUCCUGAAAGCCCAACAGAUACGAAUGACACUGAUGACAUGACAGAAAUGCCAUGGCUUAAAGUUAUUGUUCAAAUGUUGAACUCUUUCAACUUUUAUUGUUCGCAUCAAAAUUUCUGCCACCCUUUUUGCUACAGACGUCACAUGAGAGGAGCAUCACGGCUCAUUAAAGCUGUUAGACAGGUUUAUGGAGAAGAAUUUGGAGUGUUAGGAAAAGAAAAGAGGCUAAUUCAAGAAGAAAUAAAAAAAGGAGAUGGGAAAAGGAAUAGAAAAGUUUCUGAUCAAGUCUCUCCAAUUAAAAGUAAAGAGUCUAAAAAGGAAAAAGAUAAAGAAAAAUUAGAUAGAAUUACAGAAGGUACAUCCAUCAGUAAAGAAUCUCAUAAAGACUUGAUGUCAGGGAGGGAAAAAGAUGAGACCAAAAAUGAAAACAAAGAUAUAUUUGAUAAAUGUAAAGAUCCACCACCAAUAUUAAAAUAUUUGAAAACUCAGGUUGGUGAUGUUUUCCAUUGUGCUCUCGGAGGGCUGGUGAAGGGUGGUGUGGUUCUCGGGGGUGAAGUCCUUUGUGAAUGUCUCCCUUUCGCUUGGCAUUUACUUCUUGAACCUUCACAACAAAUUGCUUCAACAGCAGCUGCUCUAAUGAUCCUUGCAGCAGUCAAAGCACCUUCACAAGCAGCUCACAUAAUGGAUGGAGCUUUGAGGCAUCCUGAUCCUGCUGUUAGGAUCAAUGCUGUCCUGAGAUUUAAAGUUCUUUGGAAAAUGAGGCAUCAAGUUUGGUGUAGAAUGGAAGAUGGAGCUCAAAAUACUUUUAAAGUCCCUCCCCCUGGUAUAGAGUUCACUUUACCCUCACCAAAAAUCGGUAUUGAAUCUUUGCCAGUAGUCGAUCCUCCUUGGAUGCCUCAAAUAAAAACAAAAGUUGAAGAGGUUACUGCAAUUAGUCAGGAAAGUCAUAGGUCUUUAGUCACAGCAACAAAAACAAGAAAGAAGCAGCAAACAGAACUUAUAAAAAUGGCCCUUCAGGCGAAAGAAGAUAAGAAAAGGUGUGAAAGAGAAAACUUCAUGGUCACGACGAUACCGGUGAAUAUUCAAGCUGCCUAUGAGCCAAGCUUGCAUCACGCUGUUGGUGAUGAUCAUGACGAAGGAGGAGAUGAAGAAGUGAUCGAAGGACAAUCAAGAAAUGCUUCCCACCAUAUUCAUUCUGCUCAGUCACUUUUUCCUUCAUGCCUUUGCUCAGCUGUCAUACAGAUUAUAAGCUUGCUGGAUGAUGCAGCUGUCACAAAUGACGGAUGUGCCGUUUAUGAAGUUGCUUACCAGGUUAUUUGGAAUUGCUUGGUUGAAGAUAGUGCUUUGUUUCUUCGUUAUAUACUAGAAAGAUUGACAAGAGAUAACCAAGAACUAAUGUUCAAAGUAUUGAGGCAUUUAAUUCGAUUUGUACCUCGCCUUCCGCAACAGGCUGCAUUUACUUUGUACAACUAUAUCAUUGGCUAUGUGAUGUUUUAUGUACGAACUCCCCACGAAGAAGGGCAAAAGUUAAUUGGAGCUGCUUUAUCAAUUCUUUGGAUGGUGGUGCAUAGUGUACAUGGAAUUAUGUUUAAAGAUUUGAAACAGAUUUUGAGAAAAGAACAGUGCGAUGCUUCAAUUCUAUUGACUGCAAAUGUGCCUUCCACGAAGAAAAUUAUUGUACAUGGUCCACAAGAGCAAUCGUCAUGUGGUAUUCCAUCGCAGUUUCCUGUUCAGGAGGACACCCAGUUUUGUCAGAUACUGAGAGAGUCCUUAGAUUUUUUUGGAAUUGAUGAGGAGAAGCAUAAGGAAUUCUUCCUUGUUGAUUACAAAACCCAUCAAAUUCACAACCCAAAUUCCUAUGUGAGGGAUUAUUACUUUUUUAAGAGAUCACAGUACCCCCAGUUGCAGCUUGUCCACAUGCACCCUCAAGAAGCAUUCAAUGCUCUGCAGAAACAAGAGCUUAUGCACAAAGUUGUCGAAAUUGGUAAAGUUCUUCUUACUUGGGCUAUUUUGAAAAAUGUCGACAUGGUUGUCCAACGAGUCGUAUUUCUUCAUGAAGAAUUGAUGAAGCUACCUUCAUUUCCUAGGAAGGCAUUAGAAGCUGAUCUUGAUCUCUAUAAAGGUGGAGAAAUGGGAAAGGAAUUAUUGGGUUUGGACGUCCUCCACAAGUUUAUGUGGGUUCGACUCAUAGCAAGAAUGUUUGAGGCCAUGGCUGGCAACUUUGCAUAUUCAGGAGACAUCCACUUGUUUUUGAAUGUUUUAAAUGGGGCCGUCACCUUGCACAGCCAGGACGCAACUAUUCUGCGAUACGUGAUGGCAACUUACAUAAAUGCAGCGCAUAAUUUCAAAAAUAUUUUUUCUAUCAAUGGGUACUUGAUGAUAGUUCCGACCCUUCUUCAAUUGUAUGCAACACAUCAGACAAACAAGCUUGUUACAAGGACAGUCGAGUAUGUCGUGAAACAAUUCUACUUGAUGAACAGAAAGCCCUUUAUACUUCAAAUGUUCGGCGCCGCAUCUGCAAUACUAGAUAUUGAUAUUGCAUCCCAAUUUGGAGAUGCUCACAAGGUACCUGCACUUUGCCUAUUCAGUAUUUUAUUGAGCUUGGAAACGCCUUCCCCCGAUCCGCUUAACAUUGGAGAAUUAGUCAAAGAAGAAAAACCACUGAAAGCAAUAGAUUUCUGCUACCACGAUGACAAUGAAAUGGUGACUGUCCUUGACUGUAUUGCUCUUUGUGCAAUGGUAGUCGCAUAUUCUGCUGACUCUGUCAGGGCAUAUCAAAUGCUUAUUAUUCUCGAGGCAAUAGUUCCUUGCUACCUUCAGCAGAUUCAGCUUCCAAGUUACCGCAAAGAAGGGAGGACAGAAAGAGAGAUCAUCAGCCAAAUUGCCGUCGCAAUCAACACACUUGUAACAAAUUGCGAAGCAUUGGCAAAAAAUUAUAACGGGCCCCAAAGAACAAGCCCUGACCAUAAAAGCUCAAGCCAGCGCAACUACAGCCGUGCACCUUAUUCCCCAGGUUUUGAGUAUGAUGAAGACUCACAUGCUAAAUACAUUGCAGACAGGACCAAAACCAGAACUUAUGGUGAUAGUGAUGACAGUGAGGCUGAAUUCCGCAGGCCUAGAGAUGUCUUGCUCUCACUGGUAACUGAAUUUUUUACAAAGAGCACUGCAAGGAUAAAUGAGCUCAAGAAAAAAUUUCCCCAAGAAAGCAAGCCUAUUGACAUCCUUGAGUUGAGAUCUCAUAUUAGAUUGGCGGACGUUGCGCAUAGUCUUCUGAAAGCUUCACCUUACGACCCAGAUACGAUGUCUUGCAAAGGGCUUCAGUUAUACAUGACACAUCUCAUGCCUUUCACAGAUUGGAACAAUGAGACGUUACGACCAUCACUGACAACCCUGCUACGUCGCCUAGACAAAACAUUUACAAAAAUAUAUAAAAAGCCAAGCAUUAGGAGGAGUGUUGAUUGGGAAGCUGCAAGUGGUCUUAUAAGAGGAAUUUAUGAAACCUUGUCUCGAUUUCCUUUUAUUGUCCAAAUGCAACAUUUAAAAACUCUUGUUAACACAUGUCAGUCAUUGAUUGUUGGUGAAUCAGCUACAGGAUUAGGUGAGAAUUUGUCUUCAGCAACUGUGGCUCUUAUGAGUCAGGCACCACCUCCUCACUUUUGCGAUACUGUCGUCAGACUUAUCGCUCUUCAAAUUCUAGCAGUGGGGGAGUCAUAUACCUUAGAGCAGGUUUGUGGUGGAAGUGUAUUUUUCCCUACACACGAAAAGACAGAAAAUAUGCUUUUAAAUCUGUUGAUGCCACUUUGCUUAAGAGUUGGAAGUGGUAGAAAGGAUGUACACAUCAUGAGAGAACAAGAUAUUCAAUACACACUCAACUCAGUUUUAUAUGCUAUGUACCCUCCGUCUGCUAGAUCUCCGAUAACAAUGCAGAAUUUCAAAACUGCUUCUGAUUUUCGAACAGGGUCCUUUUCAUUCACUAAAACACCUCCGGCUGUGACAAAAUCAUUGUAUAAAGUUUCAUUUUUGGCUUUGAAAAUCUUAAUUGCCUGUUUUGAAAGUGAAUUGGAAAAGGAUUGGCCUAAGAUAGCUAGAACAAUCCAGGAAAUUUCAAAAGUAACAGACGCCAGACAGUAUUUCUGGAACUUUAUAGAAUUUGUUGUAACCCAAAGACCACCACUUUUUGUUUUACUACAUCCUUUUAUAAAAAUAAAGCUGAACAUGACACCCUUGAGUGAAGUAGAGCGCCACAUACAUUUUGUAGUAAGGGAGCGGAUAUCCGGAGCUUGCCUUUCAGGACCAAAGUGUCGUGGUGCUUUGCUUACUGACCUCAUGCAUGAAAUGAAAUCGCUCAAAGAAGAAAUGGACACUAAAAAAACAAAAGAGCAACACACAACAACAAAAUCAGAAACAACCACAACAAAUGUGUCGAGUGACCAUCCCCACACUACAACUAGGCAUAGGCCAUCUCUGAUCGACCUGCUUACAGGCAACCAAGGCUCACAUACACCGAUGCAUAGAGAAUCAGUCUCUUCUGUACCAGGAGGCAAUACACAGGAGCCACCUCCACCCCUUACUAAACACACAAGUAGUGAUUUUCUUAGCCAAGAAGAGAGCACAAGUGAAGCUGGGAAACCGCUAAGGCCCAGGCUACAAAGAUCGAAAGCUCAAAGCAGGAAAACAUUCAGGCUGAGAAAGAGUCGAAUAGAAAGCCAUCGGUCUGAGCCGACUAUAUACAAUGACGCUCCACCUACACCUACUAGUGUCCAACCUUCCACUGUGACAACCAACACAAAUAUUCUCAACCAGUCCAUCACAAACAACAAUAUAGGUAGGAAUGUUUGCAGAAGAGGUGAAAACUGUGCCUUGAUAGUAACAACCGAGUCAUCGUCAGUGAUGUCUGUCGCUGUAAACAAUAUGGCUCAAGCCAACUGCCCAAACACCAGGAGCCAGGUAAAUACGAACGCCAGCAAUGGAGGAGCCGGUGGUGAUGCAGAUUUAUCUCCUAAUAUGGCCGAUGUAGGCCAAAGCCAACAUUUGAUGAUGGUGUUUGAUGAAGAUACCCUCAUAUAGGCGAAAAGAUCGCCCAUGGAUUGGGUGUAAAUUUUUUAUUAUUUUAAAAUAUUACAUCUUUAGUUUUAAUUUUUGCUAAAAUGUUAUAUUUUAACAUUUUAGAAAUAUAAUUGUUAUACCAGCUAACCAGAAAAGUUUGUGUGGUUUUUCAUUUGUUAUUCUUUUAAUAGAUUAAUGAACAUUUCUAUUUAAACAGAUUAUUUGUUUACAUCACAUAGCGUCACUUCAUAAAGAAAAAGUCUCUUGAAGUGAAAAUGAUAAAGUAUUUUAUUUCUCAAGGCGUCAAAACCCACAAUUCGUGCAUGGCCGUCACUCAUAAAAUUUGCACUGCGUUCUGUGAUGAACCAAUAAACAAGAACACUGCCCAAAAGUGGUUCAAAAAGUUUAAAAAAGUACUCUAACAAACUCAAAGCACCAUCAAAUAAUCAGUUUUUGCAUCAAUGAGGCAGGGACAUUUAGUGACAGCUAAUAGUACGACCUUCUGAUGUAACUGCACAGGAUCGAUUUUUGUCACAUGUGACAAUCCAGACAAAAAGGUAUCUGUCUUAUGCCAUUAAAGCAAUGAAAGACAGAUAUUUAGAAUCUGAAGCUUGUUACCAUUAGUCAAUUUAUGAAGGGCCCAUUUGCUGAGCCUCCACGUCUCCCCAAGUCGCAAUGUAACCGAGAACAAAUGGCUUCAUUGUUCAAAUUGAACACUCUGACAAUCUCUUGACACGUUUCGACUCUAAUCAAGUUCGACAGCUUUCCUCAAUUGGUUGCCAUUCAAAGCACAAGGUCUACUAGGCCAUGGUUCAUCUUCAAUCAAUUUUUGGCCAGUGGGAUAUUUUUUAAUUACUAGAUAUAGAAAUGUUGAUUAAUGGCAUUAAAGUAAUGAUAAAUGAAAAAGCGUACAAACUUUUCUGGUUACUUAAUAGUUAAGUUUGAAAGCUUUUAUACAAGUGUUAUGUUAUUCAUGCUGCUCUCAGCAGUAAUAGUUUGCAUAAUACAAUUACUAAUACGUACAUUUUCUUUUCAUCACUUAUCACUCUCAAUCAUUAUUUAAUUCAAAAUCCAAUUUUUCUCAAUUG